AUGGAAUCUCAAGGUGGUCGAGAUGGUGCUUCCUCACCAAAAUCAAAUAAAUCAUUGCUCUCAAACCCACAACCUCCAAUCUUCGCGCCAUUCUUUGCGCCAUUUUUCUUUGUCGGAGGCACUCGAGGUACAUUACCAACUCCUCCUAGCUUUGCCCACCCAGAUCUCAAAAGAUUUCGGGAAUUCGAGGAUUUCGAACCCAUGAAAAUGGCGGGCGGAAAGAAAUCUGGAAGGACGUUGAUGCGAGAAGAAGGUCUGGAGCGAACAGACAAUGGAUUGAAGCAAACAAGCUGGCCGGAAGCCACCCCAAUCAAUCAGAAAAACUAUUACACAGAGUUCGGAAAGCGCGACGAUCAAUUGCUUGCAUCACGUCUACAGAACGAAUCCAAUCAAGAGAAGCUCAUCCGCGAUGCCAAAAAUAAAGACAGAGCUCUUGCGCGCACCGGAAAUGCUGACGUACCGCUACCCAUGGACGAGGACGAAUCCGAAGAUACAGAUGUUACAGAUGAAUUGGCCGCCUCAAAGGUUAUCGUCAUCCAUCCCGGAAGUCAAAAUUUGCGCAUUGGUUUGGCCAGCGAUGCUCUCCCAAAGACGGUCAUAAUGGCCAUCGCAGAAAAAUUCCCCAUCACAGAAUCUCAAGAAUACGAGCCUCGACCAAAGCGCCAGAACACCGAACUUCCACCAGAGCAGCAAUUUGGAGAUGAGUGGUCGAAGAAAUAUACCAAACAAUGUGCCGAACUGAAAGUAGACAUGCGUUCAAAUAGGCGCAAAGUAUUACCCAAUUCGAAAGAGUUGGUUGUGAAUUACAAUCGCCGUGUGGAACCAGAAAAGAUCCCAGAACACAAUGAUCCGCUUCGCGUCGAAUGGACGGAUAUUUCCAAAGGCUCAACAACAACUUUUACGGGUCCCGAUGCACAGCGCAUAGCAGACAAUUCUCAGCCGCCGUAUAGACUAUUCUGGCCUAUGCAACAUGGUUGGCUCCAUGAGAAUGACUACAACGUUUGCGAAGCUAUGUUCGACGAUUUCGAAACAAUCAUUGAGAAGGCCAUGAGAAGAGACCUUGGUCUUAACAGAAGCAGUGAAUGGGAUCAAUACAGCUGCAUAAUGGUGGUACCGGAUCUCUACGACAAAAAGUAUCUGGAGCAAAUGCUGGAUAUGUGUCUCAGGGGUUUUGGGUUCAAACAGGUCGCAUUUAUGCAGGAGAGUCAUGCCGCUACAUUUGGAGCUGGUUAUACCAGUGCUUGUGUAGUCGAUGUUGGAGCACAAAAGACAUCAAUUUGCUGUGUUGAGGAUGGCAUGUGCAUUGAGGAUUCUCGAGUCAACCUCAAGUAUGGAGGGUAUGAUGUCACUGAAACUUUCAUCAAAAUGAUGCUCUAUGAUCAUUUUCCAUAUGCCGACAUCAAUCUAAAACGACGUUACGACUUCCUUCUAGCGGAGGAGCUAAAGAUCAAAUACUGUACAAUGAACCAGGCUGAGAUCUCUGUCCAGCUUUACAAUUUCCACCUUCGCGCACCAAAUCAACCGACUCACAAGUAUGGAUUCAAGACAUAUGAUGAGGUUAUUCUUGCUCCUAUGGGCUUCUAUGAUCCUUCAAUCUUUGAUAACAGUGAUAAAUUGAAGGGUCGUCGCAAACACUUGGAUCGAUCAUACAAUGCUUAUGACGUCGACAGUCCCGAUGACCCCACAUCUGCAGCUCAGCUUGCAAUCCUGGCCGCUAUCAAACCUUCUAUCGCAACCAACGCAAAUGGAUACAAUCCCAACAGCUUCGUUUAUAAUGGGAUGGCCGAUGCUUCUUUCUCUACACCUCAAAAAGAGAAGCCCAACCCGUUCAACCUCCUACGUAUGGAUGUAGACAACCCAGUACAUUCUAGCGUGACUUCUGCCGCUGUUUCGCCAGCCCCGGAAGGUGCGAGCACUCCUGCCCCUGCUCCGUUCGUCUUCGGAGGUAAUGGAACUACAGCCGGAUCUCCUGGCCCCACGAACGGUAUCAAUGGCACACACAGUGGUAACACACCAAAUCCCCCGGCGGGUAUGUUUAUUGAUAUUCACGCCCGCACCGCCAAAGAUAUGGCCAUCGAACGUGACUCUGUCCUACCAAUCUCUGCUCUAGACACCGCAAUCAUAACAUCCAUUACUCACGCUGCCAAGCAUGAUGACAAGAAAGCGCGUGACUUUUAUGGUGGUAUCAUGGUAAUCGGCGGAGGUGCAAAGACCCCUGGAUUUGGACCAUUCCUUGAAGAUAGGCUCAAGAAGAAGAGACCAGAUUUAGCAGAAAAGAUCUUGGUGGGAACUAGUCCGAGGGAAAUGGAUGGUCAAGUGGUGGUUUGGAAAGGAGCAAGUGUCUUUGCUAGAAUGAAGAUGCAUGAAAGCUGGAUUGGACAGAGGGAAUUCGAGAUGUUAGGCGCGAGGGUAUUGAGUCAAAAGAUUCUUUGGCAUUACUAA